CUUAUAAAUACGUUGGAUAUAGACAGAUAGGAUGGAGGAGUGUGAAGAGAGCAAGGGAAGAGAAAGCGAGAAAGCAAGCAAAGAAGAAAAGGACGAAUAAGAUGGGCUGUUCCUGCAUCCACGUGCAAUUAUUUUGUCGAGAGUGGUAGGCUCACAAUCGUUUUGUAAUUAUUCACGUGCGGUUUGCGUGAGGUCACGUGGAAAAGCAGAAUUGAGAGCAAACUACAAGCAGAGGCUCAGCUUGACCGUAGUCACCGUGUAUGCUUGUCAAUAGUAAAUCCUUUUCAGCCCGCAUCAUUUUAUGGAUUCCAGGCUGGACACUGUUAAUGGUGAAACAGAAAAUGAAAAUGAAAAUGACAGUUCUUCUGUUCAAAAGAGGAAAGUUACUAGUUGCAACACCGAUCGAUUGACGGAUUCAAUGUAUGGACGAACGCCAGAAGUCAAUGAAUUAGAUAGGAAGCGUCAACGUUUGGAAGUCGAUAGGAAUAAACAACUAGUGACAAAGCAAGAGCAGCAACUUCAGAAGAAAAAAAAUGUGAUGAAUGUUAGAUCCUCGAUUAAUUUCACGACACUUGUUGGUUAUAAGCGCCUUCAGUAUGCCGGACCACACGAAUCGAGGACGAUUAUCAGUCGUUUGUACAAUUUCGAAAAACUUGCAGAUAUCAGUGGAGGCUUUCGUUUAUAUCUUCGACUUAUGACAGAUGCUAUAUUAAAUGAGAUCUGUAACAAGAUCGAUGAUCUGAGCGAUCGUUUCAAUAAAUCGAAGGACAUGGAUCUAUGUAUUUCGCAGGUUUUGCGAUAUACGUGGUCUCAGCUAAGUGAUAAAGAGCGAUUGACAUACGAAACUGUGGCACGGCGUAAAGUUCAGGAAAAGUACAAAACCGAACUGGAUAAAAUGAGAAGUGAUCGAGAUAGUAGAUCAGAAAAAAGUAUAAGUGCAACAAAGUUGCAAUGGAUCCGUUCUUUGCCAGCCAUGCCGUUAACCGAAUUUAAAUUCAUGUCAGCAUGGGCAAAAAAACAGAGGGAAAAUGAACAUUAUCGUGUGCACUGUAAACGCUUGCGAUGUCCAUUUUGCAAGAAUAUGAUUUUGAGGGACGAUACUUUACAGAUGCAUAUUCUGUAUGGUCACCAUAACAUGUACGUGUAUGCAUGUCAUUUCUGUUUCGAAGGAUUCACUUCAUUGGAACAGCUGAAACAGCACUGUUGUGAAGAAUUCACGCAGUUUAUGCUACGGUUAGUGAUCAAGGAAACAAAGUUGGAAAUGAUGUUUGCAAUGCACACAUUGAUUUGUGCUGAAUGUAAUCUGCAGGUGCCUUUGUCAUCUUUGAGUAAUUCAUCCAGUGAUAAAAAGUGCAUCAAACUGCAGCGUUUGUUGAAUUAUCACAGUACAGACAAAUUAGUAUCAUGUAUUAUAUUAUUUGCUGUUCGGCCUUCUGAGGUGGAGUAUGUAACAAUGAGGGGUUGCGCAAUGAAGUGUGGAAUACCACUGCGGUGUAAAUUUUGUUCACACAAGUUUGUCUCUGCAGCGGAUAUCGAAAAACAUCAAUUAAGUGAACAUUCUGGGGAAGUGAUUAAAUUGAAAUGUCCGGUGUGUCCACGAUUCUAUAUUACGGAUUGUUUCUUUAGGGAUCAUCUAUUAUCUCAUCUUGGUGAAGUGCAUUCUAUGACGGGCCUAUUAGAUAAAGCAACAUUUCGGCCGUCAGCUUUUUCUCAUGAUACGGCUUGUAAAAUGGGGCCCUCACUGCAGAAAAUCAUUGGUUCUGAUAUAGCAGAAAUAUCAAGAAUCGAAAAACCAGACGAUCUCUCCGAUGAUGAGGAUGAGUCAUAUGAGAAGUCAGUAUUGGACCGAAAAAGUAAACUGAUUGUUGAGAAAAAAGUGUCAAAAAAAGUUAGCAAAGGAACUGAUCAGAAUUUGUGUUAUUAUUGUAGACAUGCAAAACAGUUGAUGACUAAACCGCUGCAAUCCAGUCUUUGCCGAUGCAUAAAGUCGAGACGUGAAUCAAAAUCAUUCGCAACGAAAAAUUCUUUUGUGAAGUCACUUGUCGAAAAGUUCACCCGAGAAGGACGGCUCUAUAUCGACAAGAAAGAUUCCAUUCUGGAUACAACGAUUGGGGCGGUUAUUGAUGAUAGUGUCUUCAUUUGUAUCAAAUGUAAAGGUCUUCAUCUUGGUGAUCAAAAUACAUUGAAACAUCUUCGUAUUUGUAUGCAAAAGGACGUUGAAUCUCCGGAUCCGGAAAAGCAUUUUGAUUUGAUGGACAACAAAAUUGUUAUCCGUCUAACUCAGUCAUGUUGUUCUCCAAAUGGCAGAAUUAGUUGUCCGGAAUGUGAAGUGACAUCCUGUUCAAUCGCUAGCUUGCGGCGACACUUGGCUCUAGAUCAUGGCAUUUUUGCAUAUUACAAUAUUCCAGAAAGUCACAGAGCUGUUGGCAUCAUGGAAUAUGUUUCAUCGAAAAGUACCAAAGAUGCAAAACUUGAUAUUGCCGCAAGAAUAAAUCUGGAGCUGAAUUUGACGCCAACAGGCGAUUUUAAGCAGCGAGACGACAGAUGUUCUCAAUCAUCUUCUCUAAUCAGUAGAAACAACACAAAGCUAGCUACUUCCAGCAUCCAUGCAACAGAAAAUUUCCAAGCAGCCCCAAUGUCAGCUGAAACGCGAUCAACUUUAAUGCAGGCUUUCAUGGAGCCAACACAAAGUUCAACAGUAAUGGGAAAAUUUAUUUGCAUCCUCUGCUUUACACCUAGUGCUUCAUCGCAACAGUUGGCAAAUCAUUUCGUUCGCUCCCAUCUGCAUUUGUGUUCUGAAUGUGGAAGUGGUUUUGUUGAAAAGCAGUGUCUUUUGUCCCAUUUGGCUUCUUGUCAAAAAUGGCCUCGAAAAUGUUCGGAUGGCGAGUUUUUUCCACGUUGUCCAAUUUGUAGUUUCCUUUUCCUCACUCCCGAACGCUACUUUUAUCAUUUACUGCACUGUCACAAUACGAGCUUAUACAUCAGUGAAAAGCAACAGGUAAAUCCGAUGUUUAUUUGGAAGAAAUUAUCCUUAAUAGAUGCUUCAAAAUUGCGAAGGACAUUAAUGGAUAAAUUGAUAAUCAAAAAUCACGAUGAUUUUAUAGCAGAAGAUAUGUCGAAUUCGUCUAUUCUGCCGGUGAGAAAUACAAGAUAUGCGGAAUCUGUUGUUGCAGAUAAGUUUAUGUGUGCUCUUUGCGAAUUGGAUUUCCCAAACCGAAUUGAAUGCGAUAUUCAUCUGCAGAAACAUCCGGAACAAUGGAGCUGCUGUCCUGUUUGUAUGUACUUUCGAGACCAUUAUCCGAUUCGUACUAUCGGCGAACUUUUUGAGCACCUGUUGUUUAAACACACAGUGAAGUCACUGCAACCAAAAGGUGUAAAAAUAGUGUGCAGUCUAUGCCAGAGUUUAUCUUCCUGUGAAUCAACGGUACCACUGUCAGUCAAGUUGUGCGAGGAACAAAUGAUCCGACAUAUUUUAUACACUUGUAGUGGUACUCAAGUAUGCUUUCUUUGCAACGAUGGCGUUGUGUAUUCACCUGAGAAGCUAAAGAAGCAUCGUGUUAGUGAGCAUCGCAUAGUUUUUGAAAGAUUCGGAUGUUCGGAAUGUUCUCGAAAAUUUCACACUUGUAGCGCGUUUAAGAAACACUCCUGCAAUGUAUUGUUAAAAUGUUCAUGUGGAGUUAGUGCGCUAUUUACGGAAGAAGAAUUCGAGAAGCAUUUCGAAAAACACUUGAAUUCAAUGAAGGACUUUUGUCUCCUAUGCAACAAAUAUUUGUUUUCGCAGGAUCAACUUCUUUCCCACGUCAUGCUGCAUCGAAUUGUCGUAAACGGUAAAAGACAGUUGGUGCAGUUAAACAUGCCGGGAAAUGUAUUGUCUUUUCCUGGACCGAACAUCACCACGGAUAGUAAUAUGAAAAUAAAUGUUCCAUCUAAAAAACAUAACGCUACUACAUUUCUAUUUGGAAAAGUGAAGAUAAGCAAUGGUGACGAUGGAAUCCAGUUUUUAGGAUCCGGUUCCCUUACUAAUGAUGCAAAUGGAAGUGAAAAUGAAGGUCGUAGGAAACAUGCUGGUGAUAACGAUGUGGUAUUCGUGGCGGAAACUCUUCCAGCUAAUUUCAUGACCAACGUUCGAUCAGAAACUGGUGCAGUUACCGAAGCAGUGUCUUCAUUUUACACUUAUCCUGUGGAAGCUACGGCAUCUAUACCAGAUAUCAGAUUCCCAGUUGAUGAAAUUAUGUCUGGUGAAUCCGGUCCAUCUGCGACGAUAUUUGGUGCUAAUACAACAGACGUGGCAUCCCCCAUUAUAGAUGGACAGAAUUCUACAACCAGAAAUGGAUUUCCAACAAAAUCUAUGAAAAAAGAGCUUGCUUCUGCAAAAGCAUCAUAUACUCCUGCGGAUGUCAGUGAUGAUGAUGAUAUAGUGUUCAUCGACGAAUUGGAAAAUGAGAGUCCCAGUACUGAUGAAGUUCUAAAAGAAGGAAAAAAGGUUGUAGACAAAAUUGGUGAUUCAGAUUUGGAGAUUGUUGAAGGCGCUGAAAGACACAGUGGGCCUUAUAAGCGUGAAGCGAAAUUCCACUGUAGUCAAUGCACCGAAAAGUUCCUUACGAGGGCUUCUUUGCUGAUACACAAACAGACUCACAAAUAUGAUGCUGGUCAAACGAUCGAAGCGGUCUACGGAAUUCCUGUUGAAACGAUUUUAUACAUAUGUCGUCUAUGUUGUUUGGCAUAUGAAUCGCAAGUAGUAUACCAGAUGCAUAUGCGCACUCAUGGCGCGCUGCAAAAUUGUGAACGAUGUUCUGUGGUCGCAUUCAACGAAGAACAGAUGAGAAAUCAUCAAGAUCAGCACGUGCCAUCUACCGGUAGACAACAAGUGGUUUAUGUUUGUUCAAAAUGUGUGGCUACUUAUUCAACGGAUGCACGUUUGUAUCAUCAUAUGCUUAGUGCUCAUGCACAGGCUAUACUUUAUUUCUGUAAGAAUUGUGGAUUGGCAAACACUAAUGGAUGUGUUGUCUAUGAACAUAUAGUACGAGGUGAAUGCGCUUGGCGGAAUUUAUCAUCAGUAUCAGAAUUUGUAAUUAUGGGUUUUACCGCUGCAUGCAUAUUCCAUUAUCAGCCAGCUAAUCCUGUCCAGUAUGAGAAUAGGGUGCGCAAUAAUGAGCUGCUUGUGGUUAUCCCAUCAGAAUGCAUUCAUCGGUCGUUCUUGUCUCUGCCAAAUGAUGUCAUUAGCAUCACUUGUCCAACAUGUAAUUCACUGAUGAGUUUCCUGCGACUCCAAGCGGAAAAUCCGAGAUUCACUGGAAGCUUACCGCGUACUCUGAAUCAUGCUGUGGAUGACAAUGAUGCCAUGAUGUUGACGAUGCUAAGUAUUUGGAGGAUGGAAAACAUCGACCAGCAUGCUAUCAUCUCGAACACUAGAAACCAGCAGACAGCCACUUCAGUUGGUCUUCCUAGUAAAUCAUGUACGUUAUCACGAGUUGCCGUACCGUCUGGUGUGCCACUGCCAACUUCUCUUUCUGGAGUUUGCAUUUCCCAAAAUCACGCAAGAGCUGUAGGGGGAAACACCAGUAUUACGCAACCAUCUUCUCAGAUUUCAUGGGUUCCAGCUCGACAAGCAUUGACAGCAGUUUCAACCUCAGCCUCCCCUUCGUCAUCACUACAAAUUGUUGGUACAAAUUCUCAUCCUGGAAUAGCUGCGUCCCCAACACAGCCGGUUGCAUUAUCCGUUUCUACACAGACAGGUGCGGAAUCACCGUCACCACCUUCGAAUACACCACCUUAUUUACAGCCUUAUCGUGGUGCACUUGAAGCAGUCGGUCUAACUGUUGGCACACAAAUGGUUACUCGGGAUUAUAUCGUGAAAAAUGCUGAAGGUGAAUACUUCUGUGCUAGAUCUGGAUGUGCCAAUGUUCGAAUCGAAAAGAUUACCAGUGGACGUGUGCACAAUUUGCGUCAUAAUCCACAAAAUAUUUUUUUUUGCUUGGAAUGUGGCAGCGCAUUUCCAUUCGAAAAUCUCACUGUGAAGCAUAUGAUCGAAUUUCAUCAUCAAAAGCAGACACCAUCACUGAGCUUACGUUGUCCGUUAUGCCCGAAAACCCCUCCAUUUACGCGAGUAGAGCUUUUUAGGAAGCAUAUGGCCGAGUCAGCAGCGCACUCAACUGCUGCUUAUUCUUUCAAUUUCAAACAGAGAUGCAAACUACGUUUCCAUUCAAUAGAAGCACGGUUGCGACACGACCACGAGCAUCGUGCAACAAGAAAUGCGGCAUGUUGCUUUGUGUGUGGUACGAGCCGAAAUUGGUGGUUCAGCCCAGCACGAGCUGAUUUUCCAUAUAUUGAUCAUUCAUAUAUUCAUGCGUUUUCUCUUUGGGGUGUGUGUCGGGAGUGUGGGUUAUCUUACCCAAAUGAAUUAAAGAAUCAACAGUAUUUCCAUCAUUUUAAAGAGCAGCAUAUGACCAAAGCAUCAGAUAUUUGGCACUGCAAAAUAUGCAACAUAGAAAUUGACAACUGCAACGUCCAUGUGCAUGCGUUGCAACGACAUUUUGUUAUUGGUGUUAAAAUAGAUCGACGAAAACCUUAUGUUGUUGAAACGAGUGAAGCGGUAAUGCGUGCUUUUUUGGGUUAUCCAGUGCCGGAUAAUGCAAGGGUCUAAAAAUAAAUUAGAAUCGUUUACGUCUUUCGCCUUCCUCUUUUUUAGUAAUUCAGUUUUUUUUCUCUCUGAAUUAAUUAGCCUCUUUUGUUGUUACUGUUACUAUUAGCAGUAUUGUUAAUACAGGUUGUAUUAGCAGUUACUUUUGCAAUUUAGCCUUACACGGUGAGGUGUAUUAAUUCACAAAAUCAGUUAUAUGAACUUAUCUAAAUCUCGUCGAAAUUCAUGUUCAAAUCCAUGUUUAAGUGGCAAAAGCGAGAUCAGAUGGAAUGUUUUAUAUGAUUCCCUCUUAUCCUAUUCGUUAUUCGUGUCAAUUUUAUUUAUUUGAUUUAAUUCUUGGUGUGAAUUGAGCAACGGAAUCUGCUCUUUGUAAAACAGCAGAAUAACAUCCGGGUUUUCCGUGAUCUCUGGAAAAAGUGAACUUAAAAACUUAAUUGAUCAAAUGGCGCGUAAAAAGUGGCAGACAUUGUAAAUAAUCUUUAAACCGCGCUGUGCUGUCAUAAAUUAUUUUCUAGUUUUGGUUUAUGUGAUGCAAUUUUAAAAAUUUUUCUGCUAUGUUACUGAUAUCAAGACUCACUAUGACAGUGUUUUUUCAUUUGUUUGCUUGCAUAUUGCCAACUUUGUUAAUUUAAAACGGAUAUGCCAAAAUUAUAGUUUUAGUGUUCGUAAUGCUAAGUUGAUGCCAAAAUUAAGUGACUUUUCGGGAACAUGUGAAAAUUAGGACUAAACAUAUCUCCAGUGUUUUAUGUACUACUGUUUUGAAAAUUCGAUUUUCAUAAACCGAUGAGCGUGU